CGCAACGAAGUUGCCGACGAGACGCGAGACGCGAGACGCGAGACGCGGCUCGCGUUGCCAGUCAGCCAGUCACCGACAAAGCUUCGUCGCGGUAGUGUCUUACUUGGUAGCAGGUUAUCGUCGCAAUCGUGCGCCCUUUACGUUUACGAUUGCUACUAGAAUUAUUGUCGUAACCCUGACACGCCGGAAAACGGUACCGUAGAACUGUGCCGUGUCAAGUACGGGAGUCGAUGUAACGACAUAACCGGGUAUGCCAAAAAUACUUCCGAAACAUUAUCGAUCCGGCGUUUAGGUGAAGUGAAUACGAACGUGUGCCUGUGUAAAGUUGUGUAGCGACGUCGCGUCAUUCCGCGCCAUUCGGUGAUUUGUUUUGACAUGUGUGUGUUCUGCCAUAUUGGAUUAUCGCAUCGUGUCUUAAGGGUUGUACAGGCGCCAGUGUCACGUUGAAAAGUUCGACGUUAUUCGAGGCAACGAUGGAUCCUACGAUUAGAGCUGCGUGGAUCAGUUAAGGCCAGGGGCGGUCGAUGCCUGAUGGCGUGGUUUGGAACGCAACGCUGGAGAAAUCCUGCUCCAGAAGGUGACGAUGUGCAACGAUCGAUCGAGCUGCUGGACAAAGUGCUCUCAGAGUACGACGAGCACGAAACAGAGGGUGAGAGCGGCGGAGGCGAAGUCGACGGUGGCGGAGGCGUCGGCGUCGGCGUCGGCAUCGGCGUCGGCGGUGGCGGCGGCGGCGGUGGUGGAGGCAGGGGCGGCGGAGACGUCGGGGAUUGUGGAAGCAGCACGGAACCGAGUAUUGGUCUCACGCCUGACGACGAGAGUCCGUCCUUAGGACACCAAUCCGAGGACGACGGUUACAUGAGCAUGAAUGGACGAAAAGCAAAGAUGGCCCUGGUAGCGUUGCGUCCAGUUCCGGACUGUCCAGAGCCACAGGAUCCCGUAGGGAUACCCACGCAGGAGUUUCCACCGCCACCGGAAGAAGCCGAGCGAAUCAUUUCCACUCUGUUACCGAUAGUAUCGCCAGGAAACUCUUCGAAAAGGAGCAGCCAUUCCACGGAUCGUCGAAGUGGACGACAACAAUGGAUGAUGGCCAUGGAGGACAGCAUACGGCAUGGAAACGGUAGCGCGGUUACCACUCAGACGACUCUCCCGAAGACGCGGCACCAGAGACCGUACGGAUGGGAGAACGGUAACAACGCGGACCCCCUAAAGCUGGCGCAACCUCCGAGUCCCCCGAGCAAAUUCGCCAGCCUCCCCUACGACGGCAAGGUGUCCUUCGGUUGGAUCCCCCCGAGGACCAACCCCACGGCCGUCGAGAGACAUCGGGAGGUACGACGACGUUCCUCCGACGAAGAGGGAUUCGAGGGUCCCGAACGGGAGAGCAAGACCCAUCGGCAGAGCUUCGAGAACGACCGUACCUCGCAUUUGCGGAAUCAGCGUCAGAACGAGAUGAUGAAAUCGAGCAGCGUGGAGGACAGACUUCUGAUGAAUCACGACCGUUCCGAGCAGAACGCAAGAAGAAGGAACGACUCGGACUCCAGCGAGGGUAGAUUCUCCCGGAACUCCGAGUCCGAGAGAUCCUCGAUUCCGCGCUCGAGUUCCGUCAGCGUCGAGAGGUUCUCGAUGCGCGCCACCUGUGACUCGUCCGAUUUUUCCAGGGCAAACUCGACCUCGAACUCGAACGAGAGGUUUCACUCGGACUUCUCGAUAGCCGUGGCUAGCGCCAGCUCGAACGACCGGGUCUCCGUGCCGACCUCCGAUCCGUUCUCGAUCCGAAAUUUGGAUUUCGUCUCGUUCUCGUUGCCGACGCGAGCCGAUUCCAGCGAGAGAUUCUCGGCACCCGCGUCGGACAGAUGCUCCGACGAGCGGUACUCCGACAUGUUCUCCACGAGGAACUCGGACUUUUCCACAAGAAACUCCACCGACUUCAGAACGCAGUCCGAGGAGGAACGGUUCUCCGACGACUCGUUGGAGGAGCUUCUGCCUCCUCCGCCACCGAUCAGCAAGAGACACUCGAUCGCCUGGGAGGUGUCCCUGGAGGAUGACCCUCUCUACGCUCCGGGGAGCACCAAGGUGAUCGGCAGGAGACGGCGUAAGAGCAGCGACGUAUCCAGCGUUGGGUCCGCGUCCAAGCUCCGCGAUUUCGACGACUGGCAGGACCAACGGCUGUCCACCACGGACGACGAUCUGGUUUCCCCGUACUCGGACUCCUCGACCAACGACCUCGAUCAAAUACGGCCGCAGGAGUUGACGAAGAACGGCACCUACGUGAUACGUCGCGGCCGAAAGAAGGAACGGGCAGGGUUGCCGAAGGCGCCGACGAAAACCAGAAGCCUGUCCUUCGAGAACGGCGACGAGAAUCGGUUGUCGGACGUGAAACGAUACUCCAGCACGUUCGACAACAUCAGAAGUCUGCUCAGGGACGGGAAACUCGGGCCAACGAACGAACCACCGGCGGAAUUCGCGGCGCCCAUUCCGCCGGACCUGGUGAGGGUCGUGUCUCUUCCCGCCAUCAACGACGAGACCGCAAAUCGUGGCCAGUUGGAAGUGACGGUGGAGGAGGAGGAAACGUCGGACGUUUCAGACAAGGAUAAAUCGCGAGAAGGUGUCCAGCUGGUCAGGAUGUCACCCGUACCGCCGGCCACGGUCUCGGUGUCCUUCUCGGUGCCGUUGUCACCGUCCAUCGAGGAGGAACGUCGAGCGGACCUCGACCAGGGCAGACUCAACGAAUGCAACGGAGUUUCUCUUUCGACCUUCAAGUCCGGCUCGAACAGCUCCGGCGCCAUCGUUGGCGGAAAGAUCGUCGAGGAACCGGGCGGUGGUUCCAGGAAAUCUCCGAACGCGAGCCUAGGCAACGAUCGACUGGCCUCGAAGAUCCCGGUCAAUCUGUUGAUCGAAGACCAGAUCGUGAAGAAGGCCCUGAAGGAGAACCGCCGACAACUCGAGAAAGUCAGCGACGCCAUAAAGGAGAUCGAGAGCGUGAAGAACAGCGAAUCUUACUCGGAAAGCAAACGAUGGAGGAACGGGGACGCGAAGCUGAUGGGUAAGAGAAACAGCCUCGAAAACGAGCCGAACGAGAGGAAGAUAUCCGACGGCCUAGCGGAAUCUCGGCCGAGGAAGCGCCACGACUCGGAUGUCGACUCCGACACUUCAAAGACCAGCCCGGAGACGGAUUUCGACGGGAGGAGGACGAACGGAACCGAUGGUGUUUAUUCUUCGGGGAGGAGAUCACGCCAGAACGGUGUCGAGAGCCACAAGAACGAUCAGAAGCAGAUCGAGAACGUAAUCGACGCCAUUCUCGAGGACUCCAAGAAUCCGGAAUUUCAGGUAAGCGUCGAGGUUCUCGAGUUUCCUCCGCUGCCGCCUUCGCCCGUGGAGGAGGCCGACGAAGAGAGUUCGGACAUCGGUUUAAACGCCUCGAUCGCCACGAAGCCGAAACCUCACGUUAGCAAUCGAACGAUGGAAUACAGACCCAGGGUGCCGCCGCAUCGCGGUCCAGCAAAUCUUUCCACGGAUUCCAAGGAUCAUCAAAUUCCCCUCAACACUAGAUCCAUGGACGCUGGAUUCUCUCGGGGUAGGCGCACACCCGUUACCAGCAACUCCAGACGAGAGCAAAUACCCGUGGAACGACGGACUCUUCCCACGGACCUGCCUGGACCAUCCCGACGUCGACCGUUCACGAAACGACACUCGCCAUCGGCGGAACCAUGCCCCACCGGUGGAAACGGCGGCGGCUGCAGCGGCAGCGUUCCUGGAAAUGGAACCAGCAACGGUGCUUGUAGCGGUAGCAGCGGAACUACCGGUAACGUGUCCGCCGGCUCCGGGAUGCAGACCUCCUGCUCGCUUCCGGAAACACCAGUCUUCGCCAGGGGAAGCGACAUUCCAAGGACUCCUCAGCAUGCCAGCAACCCAACGCAGACGCGUCGGCAACCUGGUUGGUACGCCCCAACCACGGCUACCACUGGGUACCGAAGAAACAAUCCUGGUCUGGAGCAGGCGAUAAUUGGCACGGAGCUGCUGCGACUGGCGGGCGGCCCUAAUCGCGGAUGGUACCCGACGAGGAAAGCGAAUCAACCACGGCCAGCGUCGAUCGAACAUCUCGAACGAUUGAACAACGCGUACGACGCACGGUUAGUGGGCACCGGGGACCAGAGAAAACCGCUGACUUUGCCCACGAACAUCACACCGAACAAAUACUUCGGCCAAAGUAAGCACAGCUCCGCCUCCAGCACUCGCGAGGCGCUACGGAGGGUCACUAGCUUGCUCAUCAAGAAAGGAAGCGGAAGCAAGGAUGGUAAAAGUGGCAAGGACAACGCGUCGCCGUGUGGCCCUUACGCUGCGGCCGAAUGCGGAGACGCGCCGAAGAAGAAAGGAUUCUUCAAGGGUUUCUGGAAGAGAUCGCGCCACUACUCGCUGGAAAACCAAUAGCCCAGGUGCGGCAGGGUGACACGCCACCAACGACAGAGACACGCGCCGAAACAGCAGCACCCUUGUCGACAGCCACGAAUCGCUACGAGCGCUCUGGCGAACACCACUUGCUGCUGCAUCGUCCAGUAAAAAGCCUCGUAUCAGCAUCAGCGUCGUGACGGAACCGACCGGCGCUGACGUUUCAGGACGGCAGCGUUUCGCUCGCGUUUCUUCGUCCAAUCUCGUCGACCUUUUUAGUCCGGCCGAUCGGCUAUCACGACGAGGACAACGACGGCGACGACCCCAAGUACAAGCAACAAGUACGACAGAGCCCGUGGGUAAAUCAGUUUUGCCUACUUUACGUUCCUCUUUUUCCUACGUUCACUUUCCAUCGUUCCCUCUCGUUUCAAUUUGGUUUCGAUUCGCUCGCGCGACGACCCGCGUAGUGGGCAAAAUUACAUUCGAAUGACAGAUGAGCCGAAGUACAGUGACUCUUUUAAAGUGAAAUAUAAUUUUAUCGUAUUAGGGUGAUAUUUCAUUUACAAUUUGAACCGUAAAUAUUACAACAGUUAACCCUUUGCACUCGAGAGAUGACUCUCCUCGAUCACCACUAGGUUUUACACAGUAAAUCAACCAACAAUAAUGUUUGUUUAGGUUUCAUUUCUUUGGAACUCGAAGUGUCAAUAAAAUGAUUGUCAGUGCAGUAAAGGUUCGUAAAAGGUGAAGUAAAAUCUGAAAUUAGUUUGCGAUUACGAAUCCGGCUACAUCUUCCAAGUCAAUCUAAGCUUAGUAUUCGAGUUACUGGUAGAGAUACCAGAAAAAAAGGUCUCGAGUGCAAAGGGUUAACACUAAAACUGCCGAUAUCGACACGUAUAACUCGUCGUACAUGCAAUUACAUCUGUGUAAUUGGAGAAGAAAAAACAAACUAAUUUAUGGAUAAAAUUAAUUCUCUGUUACAAUAAUUGCCCCUUCACAAUUGUAAUAAAGGCAUCGUUGAUAAUUGAAUGAUUCUGGAAAGAAAUUUAAAGCGCAUGGAUCCAAUUCAUCGAAUCAAUAUUUUCAGUGUUAAUCGACAUUAAGUUUCGAAAUAAAUAGCAUUCGAUAAUGGUAAAUAGAACAUAGAACUUAAAUGCUUUCAUCUAUUUAAAACAUUCGCAGAGAAAAGAACAUAACAAGAAGGAAGAAAAAUUGGGAAAAGUUUUCUUAUUUCCCUAAUACGAUUCAGAUCUUAUCUUCAUUGAACAAAUAACGGAUCGAAAACUGUUCAUUUUGCAAUUGUUAUUCAAAAUAUGUUAUCCGAAUAAUAAUUUUGCCCAUUUCUGCACCCGUUGAAAGUUGGACGUCUAGUGCAAGAGCUUUCGUAAUUUUGUACGUUUUUCUUUCUCUCGGCUCGGCGACUGGGGUCCGUUUUUUUCACGGGGCGAACUGUACAAUCGCGAUCACCGUGUACGACUCCAUCGAGACGCUGGGUUUAUCGGCCCAACGGAGUUUUUUACUUUGCACAAAGCGACCGAUUAAGUCGUAUAAUAAUCUCAUCGAGAUGCGAAGGUUUAUACCAGUCGAUUGGAGCGAAAAAAGGUUUCGAAAAAAGGAAAAGAAAAAGAGAAAAGGCAAUAUAAUCGGCUUUCUCAUUGACUCAGUGGCGCACCCAGACGAUUAACAAGGUGAGUGCUACGAAAAUUAAUACGUCGCCAUUCUUUUCGACAGUUCCCGACAGUUUCUUUUUAGCGAAAAUAGAGAAAAAGUUUCAGUUAACGUUUUUGUGUAAAAUGUAACUCGCUAUAAGAUUUAUUUAAAACAUUCUUUAAAAUGUUUGACAACGACGUGCGUAUAUCGAAAGAAACGAAGAAGUACAAGAGUUAAUUAGCAUUAUCUUCUCGCGUGUGAACAGUACAUGUGCAUGGUUGUAGAGAUUUGAUAGCUUAAAACUUUCCUUAUCGGAACGUUAUUCGUUGACAUUAAGUUGCUUUUACACAUGCACGUACAUAAAUUUCGAUACUAAAAGGAUGUAUACUUGUGAAAAAAACUGGGGUAGAAUUGUUCUCUUGGGCCACCCCGUUGGGUGCGCCACUGUAUCGCGUCGAGGCGAUCGGCGGUCGUGGCAUCGAAGGCUCUAGGUGUUUCCUUUUAUCUUCCCUUUUGUAUUUAACGCGCGACGGAAUACGUUUUCUAGAGAGUGAAUAAUAAAGUAUAAAAUAUCCUGUAUUAAAAGUAUCGGAGUAUUUCAUAUAUAAUUGCGUUAGGCGGCGUGUGGCACCGAGCAAACAGUGAGAAGAGCGUAAGGAAACAUUGUAGAUGUACGCGAAAGCAAUUCGCGACGAACGAACAGUGAUAUCGUACGCAUUAUUAUCGAUAGAAUUGUAAUUUCCCCCGGGAACGUUAACGCGUUACUGUAUUCAUAUUAUUUUUCAUUACACCAGCGCUGUUAUUGUUGUUGUUACUACUAUUAUUACUAUUAUUAUCACCGAUAAGAAUAUUUCUAUUUGUCUUCUUUUUAAUAUUAUUAUUACUAUUAUUAUUAUUAUUAACGUCGUAACUAAAUGCACAGCAUCAGUGCCGCUAUUACCGAGAAUAUUAUUUUUCUUACAAUCUCUCUAUAUACUGCUAUUAUCACUAUAUCUGUACUGUCGUCAUUGUCAUUACUAUUAUUUAUUAUUAUUUAUCAUCAUCAUCUUCAUCUUCAUCGUCAGCAGUAUCGUUCUUGUUGUUAUUAUCAUCAUUAUCGAACCUUGGUACUACUACCAAAAAAAAAAAAAAAAUGCAAAGGUAUAUAAAUAUAUAUACAUACGCAGAAAUGUAGUUACACGCCAAGAAUGCGCGCACGAUAACGAAUUAUCAUUACGAAAGCGAUAACAAUUAUUAUUACGAAUUAACGAAUGAAUUAAUUACUAUUAUUGGUAAUCGGUAUUAUUAUUAAUAAUAAUAUAUAGACAACUGAGAUCAUAUAGCUAAUAAUAUAACGAAUGGGGUGGCGAUAAUAACGGUAAAUUACAAAGUUAUAUUUAGAAUAAUUUUUGGAUUCGAUCGUAGAGCACGUUCUCCUCGGAUAUUUGACAAAGUCGAUCGUACGGAGAGUCGCUUGAAUGCCAAAGACUGUCUCGCGGCGUGUCGAGCUCGACCUGUACAGAAAAUAUAUUUAUCGUUUACUUGCUGUUCGUUAGAUAGAUUGACCGAUCUA